AUGAUAGGGAAUUUUGGUCAACGUAUAAAGAAGAAAGUUGAUGAUGAGAUCAUAGCAUAUCUUAGAGAUCUUGUAUCGAACUUUAGCGUUGAAAAAUGUGAAUUCAAAGAAAAAGUUAACUAUCCAUUAUAUAUUUCUUACUUCCCUCAUGUCAAACUUGCUUCCCUAGCGUUUGAGAACACUUUACUAACAUAUUUAGUGGCUAAUUCUGUUCCACACCCAAAGAUCGUUAAGAAGUACAACAAGAAGUUCAAAAGACACCAAUCUGACAGAAUCAUAGGUGUCAAGGAGAACUGGAGAAAGCAAAAGGGUAUCGACUCAUGUGUCAGAAGAAGAUUCAGAGGAACUAUCCCUCAACCUAACAUUGGUUAUGGUUCUAACAAGAAAACCAGACAUUUAAUUCCAUCUGGUCACAAGGUUUUCUUAGUCAAGAACUUGAAAGACUUGGACGUUUUAUUAAUGCACACCAAGACUUAUGCUGCUGAAAUUGCCCACAAUAUCUCUGCUAGGAAUAGAGUUGCUAUUGUUGGUAAGGCCAAGAAGUUGGGUGUUAAAGUCACCAAUCCAAAGGGUAGAAUUGCCUUGGAAGCUUAA